AUGAAAGAGUUAAAAUACAAUCUGCAAAACAACUUGCACGGAUCGAAUCACCAUAAGCAGAAUUCCGAACGAAAAAGAAUGGUGAAACCUGGCGAGUUUCCGCUAUCAGUUUUCGUUGCCGGCAAUGAAAGUUCAAUAAUAGCGAGAAGCCCAAAAUCGCAAAAAUCACAAAAUGUUACUUUGCAUUCUCCCAAAAAUUAUACAGAUAGCUGUAUCACGAAUAAAAAAAAUUCAGACAAACAUCAUAAAACAAAGAUUGCGAAAACGACCGCCAAUCACAAUUUUCACGUAAAAAAAAGCGUAACACAUCCAAAUGUUAUUGUUGAUCACAAAAAUAAAUCUAUCUCGCAUAAAAGAAAACACCACGAUUGUUUCAAUUGCAUUUGUGAUAUCACGAAUGUAAUUAACGACAUAAAAUCUAUAUUAGACAAAACAAGCUUCCCGUUAGACGAAAUUAAGGCGCUUAAUUGCAAUAAAUACAAAGAGACUCAGGACAAAAUAAUGAUUUCAAUGAAUUCCGAUAUGGAAGAGGCUAAAGAAUUUCCACAGUCACAUUACAACACCGAAUUCCUGAAGGGUCAAAAAUACAUCAAACUAGAAGAGCUGGAAGAUGAUUUUAAAAGCGAUUUGGAACUCGAAAACGAUCACGAUAUCAUUUCGUUACCCGGUCUUAAUCUCAAUUUACCCUGCAGUCAAGAUGGCGAUGGUAUCACUUGGUUGUCAAGCAUUAGCAGACCAAGCUAUACGUGGAAAAGAACGGAUGGCAUUGCGCUUUUCGGUUUCGUGGCGGAAAAUGGCGAUUUGGAAUUGCGAAACGUAAAUGCGAAAGACACGGGAAAUUACACGUGCGUCAUAACGUACAUGGGUCCUGACAAUGAGGAACCCGUGGAAACCACUUACGAGAUUCAUUUGCAAGUCGUCACGCUACCGAGAUACAUAUUAUACGGCGAGAAUCGUUACCAUAUACGGUCUUGCGAUGAACGAGAUAUGGAUGUGUUGGUGACGUAUCUUCCGUUAAAAUUGAAUAGCAUUAUAUGCGAGGAGGAUCUUUGCAACGCUUUUGUGUUACCUCCAACCUGCACCCGAAAUCAAAUUACAGUAAACAUUUUGAUAGUGCCAUCGCAUAUCGUCAAACUAAUGACAGUUGAUCCCAAACAUUGCAAUGUCUUAUGUCUUAAAGCCAUUCAGGAUAAACUCUCACUAGUACUGAGUAGAAAUUUGCAAAUCUUUCUCGGAAAAACUAUUAUUUUCAGAUUACCUUAUUACGAACAGAGAUUGGUGCCGAUUGCUGAAAAGGCCUCAAGAUGGAAAAGAGGAAGGACGGGUGCAAAUACGUUCGGUGAAAAAUCCAGCAAUAUUGGCGUGUUUUCCAGUUGUCCAGCUGGAUAUGGUCUUCGUGGUACACGCUGUGUUCCUUGUAAUAUGGACACUUAUAGCGAGGAUGGUAUUUCACAUUGCAAAAAAUGUCCGCCCGGUACAUAUCAGCCGAAUCACGGCGCCAGAGUUUGUCGCACGUGCACUAAUCCAUUGACAAAAGGCUGUUAUAAUAUGCUCUGGAAUUCUUUCUCCGCCGUUAUGGUAACUUUAGCAAGUUUUAGCGUGAUGCUAUCGAUAUUUUUGCUAUUACUAUGGAUAAUUUGCUGCGCUAAAAAGAAAUUCUGCAUAAAAAAGAUGGCUAGUAUUGUACCUAAAGAAGGCACAAUUGAACAUGAGGAAGACCUAGAACAACCGUUAAUAAAGGAUAUAAGUGAAAACGGAGAUCAGCAAUGGGACAGCAAAUACAGAAUUAAAAAAAAGGGAAAGUUUUAUAUAAAUAAAAGACGUCGAAAACAGAAUGAAAGAAAAAAAUAUGAAAAGAUGCACGUUCGUAAAACUGCACACGAAGAUGAAUGGGGAUCACAUCGCAUAAAGAAUGCUCCAAUUAUUUGCCCAGAUUCUUAUCGGUCUCAUGAAGAUUAUAACAACUAUUAUCCAAAGCGAUCCUAUCGUCAAGGACCUCGGCUACCAGAAUGUGAUUUCGAUACCUGAUAAAAAACAAAAUGCGCAAAAAAAUAUAGAAAAUAAGAAAAUUAUAUUGCAAACAGCGCGGAAGAAUUGUGUAAUCUAAGUAAAGUUUGUAUAAAUAUUUUAGACUUAAUUUCUAAUUGAGAAUAUAUGUAACAUCCACUGUCACAGUCCACUGUGUAACACAUUUAUUUUUAAGAAAUGAUUAUACUUAUUAAAUAUGGCACAUUAAUUGUCGAUUAUCUAUUGUAUUAAAAAAAAACAUGUUAUAAAUAAAUGUCAUACACAUGUUAUAUGCAUAUAACAUUCUCAUAUUUAUCUCUUAUUCAUUAUAUCUUAUCUAUAAAUAAUUCUUAUCGUCAGAAUUGUGGAUGAUCGUUCUUGGGAUUUUAGAAGCAUAGUUUAAAAAAAUUAUAGAUUAUAGAUUUAGAAGUAUAAUAAUAAUUAGUAAGUUAUUGACUUGCCAAUGAUAAGAAUGAUGGGAAAGAUGACAGGAUCAGUGGUCACAAAUGAGGCUUAAAUAUCCAAUUAUGAGACUUGUUCACGACACACCAACUGGAUGCAAAAAAAAUAAUCUGUAACAAACUUCUAUCUUAUUUAAAAACUACAAUCAAUCAAUCCAUUACAAUAUGCUGCAAUAACAUUGAAUUGUAGAGUACAAAUAAUGUUGUCUAACAAGUAAAUCUGUAUUUGCAAAAUUACAGAAAAAUUUUGUAGACCUGGAUGCUGAAUCUUGAAUGCUACAAGUGAAUUAUUAUCACCAAGAUUACAAUUAGAAGUUUAUAACAAAAUAUAUUUUAAAUAAGAGUUGAUCUGAUAAACAUUAUCAGAUAUUAAUAAAUGGUCUUUAUUAUAAACACAUACAUUUUCUAUUGUAAUAAUCCUUGAGUAACCAGGUGAUGUUCACAGCAUUGGUACAGGAUACUAUAUAGCUAGUUAAC